GAAAUUAUUAAUUCAUCACACGAGAAGCCUUGUACCGGCAAAUGACUUCUUCUCACCGGUGAUUCCCGAUGGUUUUAGAGGAAAAUUACUCCUCGUCGCCCAAGUAUAAACGCCUCGUGCGUUUGGGGAGGUGCGCGCGCAGUCAGCUUAGUUUAUUUUAAAACGGGGCGGUGACGAAAUUGACAGUUAAGUUCCCGGAUGUGCCGGUAGUACGUCAUACGUUCGACCAAUCAGCAGCGUCUUGUGGGAAGGAACGAGGAGUAUCUUCUUCUGCAGAAACACCGCACGUGUGUUUCAUCAGCCGGACUUCGUUGAGGAAGAACGGGUAGCUCUGCCAUCUCAAGCAAUAUAGACCAAAUCAAGCAUCUUUUACAGCAUCAGAAUGUGUGGUAUAUGGGCCUUGUUUGGUAGCGAUGAGUGCCUUUCAGUUCAGUGCAUCAAUGCCAUGAAAAUCGCUCAUCGUGGUCCAGACGCUUUCCGCUUUGAGAAUGUCAACGGUUUUACCAACUGCUGCUUCGGGUUUCACCGCCUCGCUAUCGUGGACCAGCUGUACGGCAUGCAGCCUCUGCGAGUCAAGAAGUUCCCCUAUCUUUGGUUGUGUUACAACGGAGAGAUCUACAACCACAUCAGGCUGAGGGACCACUUUGAGUUUGAUUAUCAGACUAAAGUCGAUGGCGAGAUCCUUCUGCACCUGUAUGAUCGCUUUGGAAUCGAGAAGAUGUCCUCCAUGUUGGACGGCGUAUUUGCGUUCAUCUUGUUGGACACGGCUAACAGGAAGGUUUUCUUGGGCAGAGACACGUACGGCGUGAGACCGCUGUUCAGACUGCUUACCGACGAUGGCUUUCUAGCUGUCUGUUCUGAGGCCAAAGGUUUGCUAGACAUCAAAACCUCCAUGUCCACUCCUGCAAAGAUCACUCCCUUCCUACCGGGACACUUUGAGGUGUUUAACUUGAAGCUCACUGGAAAAGUGGAGUCUGUUCAGAUGGAUCGCUUCCACUGCUGCACAGAAGAACCCAAACACGCCAUCUAUAACAACCUGGAGGGUCUUGGCACAGGCUUUGAACUGGAGACAGUCAAGAGCAACAUUAGGAUCCUGUUUGAAAGUGCGGUAAAGAAACGCUUGAUGGCUAACAGAAGAAUCGGUUGCCUGCUCUCAGGUGGUCUCGAUUCAAGUCUGGUUGCUGCUACACUUGUGAAACUGGCCAAAGAAGAGCAGCUCCCAUAUCCAAUUCAGACGUUUUCCAUCGGGGCAGACGACAGCCCAGAUGUUGCUGCUGCUCGCAAGGUGGCAGCACACAUUGGCAGUGAACACCAUGAAGUGAACUUCACACCUGAGGAGGGGAUCCGUGCGCUGGAGGAAGUCAUCGUUCACUUGGAGAGUUUUGACAUUACCACUGUGCGUGCCUCUGUCGGAAUGUACCUGAUAUCAAAGUACAUCCGUGAGAAGUCCGACAGCGUUGUGAUUUUCUCAGGUGAAGGUUCGGAUGAACUGACACAAGGGUACAUCUACUUUCAUAAGGCGCCGUCACCUAAAGCAGCCGCAGAGGACAGUGUGCGUCUAAUGAAAGAGCUUUAUCUGUUUGACGUGCUGAGAGCGGACAGAACCACAGCUGCACACGGAUUGGAGUUGAGAGUGCCUUUCCUGGACCAUAGGUUCACCGCGUACUACCUUUCUCUGCCUGAAGAGAUGAGAGUGCCUAAGAAUGGUGUGGAGAAGCAUCUCUUGAGGGAAGCGUUUAAGGGGUUGAACCUCAUCCCAGAUGAGAUACUCUGGAGGAGGAAGGAGGCCUUCAGUGAUGGAAUGACAUCCAUGAAGAAAUCCUGGUACACCAGCCUGCAGGAGCACAUCGAGUCUGAGGUGAAUGACUCUCAGUUGGAGAAGGCCAGUAAGCAGUUCCCUUCAAAUCCUCCCACAACCAAAGAGGGCUUCUUCAUAAGGCAGAUCUUUGAGAAGCAUUAUCCCGGCCGCUGUGAGUGGACACCACAUUACUGGAUGCCCCGCUGGAUCAAGGCCACGGACCCCUCAGCCAGAACCCUGGCCAUCUACAAGCCCGAUAAAGACCAGUAAUCGCAUCAAAGCAUCAGACCUUACCUAGACCACACAUUCAAUACAGCGUUCAUACGUUGUUGCCAAAAUAAAUAUAUAUUUUUGCCUCCCCUUUCUCUAAGUUUAGUAAACUAUCUUUUAGGUUGGAUUUUUUUUCUUAAAGAGAAUUGAGUUUAUUUUUAAUUUUAAGUCUUGGAGUGACAAUGUAUCUUCAGCUCAUGCAAUAGAUUUCAAAAUAUAGAAAUGGAGGCCUUAUCUGCUCUUCAGGCCUUCAAGCUGCCUUGCUUAUUCCAUUACACUCCAGUGGCGGCUGCUGGUCUUUCAAAGAGGGGAAGCUCAUUUUCGGCCUACAUCAUAAAAUGUUCCAUUUAUUUAUAAAUUCUGUUUCUUUUCAAGAAAAUGCUCUGUGACCCUGUCGUACCAACUAGGCGUCUUUUCCAGUGACGCUAGCCUAGCCUACUCAAUGAAUGAACAAACAAUAUAAAAAAUAUAUAUUAAACUCGACGGAGGAAAUGUGGGAAUUAGGCUAAACUGAAACAAGGAAUGUAGUGUAUAAUAGGGUUGUCACGAUACCAUAAAAAUGUCUUACGAUACUAUACCAGCUUAAUUUAUAAUUCAAUUCUACAAAAUGAAUCAAAAUUUAAUAAAUAGAUGUAAGUGAAAACAGACAAUAUUAUUCUCUGACCACUUAAUUAAUGUGAACGAAUGACUGGCUAUUGUUAUCCAUGAAAUGAUCUAAACAAAACUCAUCCUAGCACUGCACAGAAGCUGCAUGAAGUGACAUUUUGAUGUGGCAUUUAUUCAUUUAGACUGUAUUUAUAAUUGCAUAAAUAAUGUUAUGAGAUUGUUUUAAAUACCAAAUUUUGAAUAUAGAAAUAUGUUGGAAAAUAAUGUAAUAUGCCUACUUUUAGACGGGAAACUUAAAAACGGCCAGCAGGUGGCAGAAGUUCGUGACUGAAUCACUGAGUCAUUCAAACAACUCUUUCAAAAGGGCUGAAUCCUUCAGGAGUGAAUCAAAUUACUGUUUUAUGAAUGGCUCAGUGAUUCUCCCAAACCAAGGCGGAUUUGGAUUCGAACACAAACGAAACAAAAACAGCACUCUUGCUUGUGUCGUAUUGCCAAAGUGUCAGGAGCAUUUUUUGCUCGCAUAUCUUGAAAUUUCCCGAGUUAGCAGCAUGUAUAUUAAAACAUAACAUUAUAAAUGAAUAAAAAAUAAAUAAUGAUUGAUAAGAACCAAGUGCAAAGCCACUAUGGGACUGAGCUCGAUUAGCUUCAGCGUCAGCGACUUUUUAUAGUACAAAAUCGCUGUCAAUCAAAAGGAGAUGCAGUCUUUCGACAGACCCUCCAAUCAUCACGCAGAAGCCCGGCGUCCAGGCACGCCCACUCCUCCAUUCACCCCCAGAGACACUGAGCGUCCGUGGGCGGGACAUAAUCGCAGCAUUUAUCCAAUGACCGUCUAGUUUCGAAGCACUGAAAAAAACUGUUCAAAGCAGCUCCAUUGAAGUCAAUGGACGCUAGGCUUCAACAGAGAAAUGCACUGACGCUACGGGAGUGUAUGAGAAGGAAAUCGAGUCAGCAACCUGCUAUAUGUAGCUGAUUCUGAACGAACUCGUCUUCGAGAUGAUCGUGUUCUAACACAUUUUUAGUCAAUAAAAUAUUAACACAAUAGUACAUAUUUUACCAUCAAUUUUUUGACAUUAUAGGGGAAGCCGAGCUUCCCUUGCAGUCUUAAAGAAAUCCCCACUGUUACACUCAUGUUUUCUUUUUCUUUUUAUGGAGCUUAAACGUAGCUGUAAACAAACCAUAACAGAAGUGGGUUAAGCGCAGCUUGUUGGUUAAAAGAAUCCCUUUUAAAAAAUAAAUAAAAUAAA